GACGAAACAGCUGCAUGGUCUGCCUGUGGCUUAGGGAGUUGGUCCGCCGUCUGUGUGUGUGAAUCAGAUGGCAGAGGGGCUGCAUUCCAUGAGUUCAGUAGCCAUGGACCUGGAGCGGGAGAUAGCGGCGUCCGUCCACGCCGUCGAGAGGGAGAGGGACAGGUACGCCUGGCCUGCAUGCAAUGCAAUCCAUGCAGAUAUUGACACACCAACCGAUUGCCGCCGUCCGGCAUCGCACACACCGGUGUGUGUGUGCCGUGCGUGUGUUGGUUCAGGCACCGUGUGGAGAGCGAUGCGUUAAAGAGGGAGGUGGAGGCGCUGCAGCGGAGCAACCAGACACUGGAGCUGGAGCUGGCCAAGGCGCGCCACGACAACCUCAUACCGAAGCCACACACAGCCCUGGCUCACCGACCAAUCCCCUCGCCCCUCAAUGAGCGGCCACCCGCCCUUCCACCCGCCACUGUGACAGCCAUGGACACAGCCUUCCCAGGGCCCGCCCCUGCCUCUGGCUCAGACAGGGACAGGGAGAAGGUCGGGGAUGUCGACAGUGAGGAGCGUGCCAAGCUCAAGGAGCGGAUCAGCGAGUUGUCGAGCCGGGUUGAAGGUCUGGGUGGGGCCAAGGGCGGCGCGUCGCCCUAUGACUCAGAGUUUCUUGACGGUGGGAGGGGCGGGUACUCGUCGGCGGCGCCGCAUGGCCCUUCCUCUUCCUCUUCUUCUCGUCUGUAUGGCGGUGUUGGGGUCGGUGCUGGUGGCGACGAUGGCGGAAUGGGCGCACGGUGAGUUAGCCGAACAAAGAGUCAGUGAGCGCGUCCAUGUGCAUGGAUCCCGUUGGCUCAUUCAGUGUGUCGGGCGGUUAUGGGUUCCGGCUGCCGUCUGCUCGUGCCGGCGCGGCCGAUGACCUCCUGCCGCCCCUCCCUGGCAGGACUGCUGCAGACGAGGGCGCACGCACAGCCACACUCGCACAUACGGACCCUAUCCACGACACACACCCACCUGUGAGCACGGCAGAAAGACAGACUGACAAGAGAGGGUGCCUUGUCUACCGGCAUCAUGUUCACUGUCUGUCUGUGGUCGUGCAUUGCAAUGCCAUACGAUUCAGGUGCCUCCGUACACGAGUGGCGCCACCCUCCGCCCCACAUCAGUGCCGUCACCAACCAGCCCCCCAGGAGCUCAUCCUCCUCAUCCUGCUGCUGGUGCUGGUGCUGGCAUGAGUGGUGUGGUUGGUGUGGGUCAGGGUGCGUUGGAGGCAGGCGGCCCGGCGCGGUCUCGCAGACUGGCAGACGAGGUCGCGGAACUCAGGUAUGGUACACACGAGCGCACCCAGACAUGGCUGAGUGAAUGGUGGAUGGUUGUGUUGUCUUGUGCGUGUGAUUGUGUGUGCAGUGAGCUGCUGCACGAGUCCAAGCGGAUGAUCGAAGCUGAGGCCGACAGGCAACAGGUCGGAGUGAGUGCUCACAUUGUGUUGGGCGUGUGAGUCGCGUCUGUCCAUAUGUGUGUGUGUCAGCUGUGCCGCGAGCGCAUGGCGCAGGCUGAGAGGGAGGCCCUCGUGGCCGGCGAGGAGGCAAACAGAGCUAGGAUCGAAAACGAAACCCUCAAUGGUUAGUUAGUACACGUCCACACACACUCUGCCAGAUUACUGCGGUGUGUGUGUGUGUGUGUGUUUGGUUGCCUCACUCCCUCACUCAUGGGAUGCAGCUGAGAUAACGUUGUUACGCGAGGAGGUGGAGAGGGAGAGGACAUUCAAGGAAACCAAAGAGGUCAGUCAGUCAGUCAGACAGCCACAACGAUGCUCAGCAACGGCCACGGGAUCCGCUCGCUACAUGUGUCUGUCUGUCUGUCUGUCUGCAUGGGCCCGUGGUGCGCAGGAGUUGCUGCGUGAGGCCCGCCGGCAGAGGGACCAAGUCGAGGUGGGUACCCUCCCUACGCACAACCCCAUUGAAUGUGUCUGUCUGUCCAUCCAUCCAUCCAUCCAUCCCAUGGGUCCGUCGUGCAUUCCCUCCCCCUUUGUCUGUGCUGUGCUGUGCUGUGCUGUGCAGACGGACCUUCUGUGCAAGUGUGAGGCUUUGGCGGCAGAGCGGGACCAACUCAGGGUGGGUGGGUUAGGCAGCCAGUGCAGUGCAGUGCAGUGCACUUCGGAAAGGAAACCUUUCUCUGUGAAGGGGAUGAUUUCAUUUCAUUUCCUUUCCUUGAUGCCUUCAUGAUGGAUGGCAUGGAUGUAUCAGUGUGAGUUGGAGAGCGCCCAUCGUGAGCUGGAGGCGCUCAAGUCGGGCCUGCGGUACGCCGAGCAGGAGAAGACACAGCUCACCUCGCAACACGCUCUCACCAAACAACACGUAAGCAUCCACCCCAAAGACGGGGCUGUUGUGCCACUCACUCACUGUCAUCACGCCCAGCCCACAUGUCAUGUUUGCAUGGAUCGGAUCCAUCAGCUGGAGGGUCGCCUGAAGGAGGCCGAGGAGAAGAAAAUUGAACUAGAGGUGGGUGAGCUCCAUCCAUCCGAUGGAUGGGUGGGUGGAUGGAUGCUUGCAUCUUGCUGUGCCUGUCUGUCUGUCUGUCUACUGGCCAUGCAGAUUGAGUUGGAUCGUUGUCGGCGUGCCUUGAUGGACCGAGAGCAGGACAGCGACACCGCCAGGCAGAAACUCAUGUACGUCACCAGGGAGAAGGAACGACUCGACACACAACUCAAAGGUAGGGAGGGAGGGAGGCAGGUAGGUAGGCAAUUGAUUGGUCAUUGUGCGACACAACAAGCAUCUCUUUCCCUCCCUCCCUCCCUCCCUCCUUUAUUCACUGUCAAUCAGAUUUGUCGCGCGAGAUAGCCCGCAAUGACCCCGAUGCAGCAGCGAAGGCUGCUACCGCCAAGGCACACACACACAUACACACACACACAGUCAACACACCAGAAGGCAGCUGCAAGUAAGUCCUUUCCCCGUGUGUGCUCUGCUGCUCAGGCUGAGGAAACAAUACGCUGCCUGCAGGACAGGUAGGGUAGAUGGAUGGAUGGAUGAAGGAGCGAGUUCUGUGAGAAUGAAUCUGAAUGUUGGCAUCCUUGGCUGGAUCAAUGCCUGCAGGGUGGCGUAUCUGACGCACCAGCUGGAGGCGGAGCGGUCCAAGACGGCCAAGAAGGGCCUCAUUGGGGGCACCAGAGCCGACACGCAGCACCACCCACAUCCACAUCCACCACCCGCAUCAGCACCCGCACCGAAUGCAUCGGUAAGUCCUAACCACCAACACACACCAUUGCCCGAUGGAUGCAUCCACACACACCGCCCUGUGUUGUGUGUGGCCGGUGUUUGUUCAGUUCCCCUCUCCCCAGUCUGGCGCUCGUGUGCGGUGUCCGUCUGCGCCUCCGCGACACACAGGUGCCGCCCCACACUCACGCAGGGGCGCCACGAGAGGUGUUGGUGGCGGUGGUGGUGCGGGCCACACAGCGGUCAGGAGGACCCCACGUGCUGCGGCUGAAAGGGAGGACUGGCGCGUCAAACUGGGCAGGGCACGACCAGGUAUAUGAGCAAUAUACAAGACGGGCACUUGAUUGGCUGGUUGAUUGAGCGAUCUGUGUGUGGGAAUGGUUGUAUGUUUGUAUGUCUACAGGUGGCGGUGAGACGUGUGGUGUGGCUGAGAGGCUGCGGGAGCUGGAACACAAGUACCAGAGAGAGAGGGAACGAAACGCACUGGUAAACAAAGGACAAAGGAAGGGAGGGAGCGAGGGAGGGACCUGCACACACAUACACACACACACACACACACACAGUUCCUGCCCAUACCCGUCCUUUUUGGCUUUUGGAUCGGUCAGCUGUCCAAGAAGCUGGGCGAGUCUCUAGAGCUCGUCCACGGCCGCCUGCGCGAGACCCGACAACACAUACCCAAGCCACAGCCACACGGCCAACCGACUCCAACACCUCCUCCAGCCCCACCAGCCCCACCACCUGACACCGGUGAUGAUGAACAGACGCAGCAGCAGCAGCAGCAGCCUGCAGCAGGGCAGACGACUGGUCAUUAUGUGCCGGCUGUUGAUGUGGGCGGCUAUGUCGGCCCGGAGGUUUCAGAGUGCGGUCGUGGCGGCCGCAUAGGGGAGGGGGUGCCCUAUCCGCCAUCCAUGGAGAGCCCCUCCAGGCUCAUGAUGCAAGGUGGGUGGGUGGGGUGGGUGCAGACAGGGGCAGCCGCGCCACCUCUCACGGAUGCAAUCUCUUUAUGUGUGUGUGUCGUACGUGCCUCCCAGGUGUGCCAGCAUCGGGUCUGUCGUACGCCACGGCCAUCCUGCCCGACGAGGAGCUCUCAGCCGCCCCCACGCCCACCCCGCCUCCGUCCAACACCGACCUCACCAAACCACCACCCACCAAACGCAAGACCACCAAGCCAGCAGCAGCAGGGGGACAAUCCGGACGACAGGCGAGGGACCUGCCGCGUGCCGACCCAUCCCCCGUCUGUGCGCUGCCCAUGAGGCCGACUGCACACCCCCAUUCCCAUUCGCAUCAGAGCAAAAGGGCAUCUCGCGGCCGAGGCCAGUCUGAGCCCAAGAGGGCGCCGUUUGCCACGGUGAUGGGUGCGCGUGUGAGGUCUUCGGGCUUCUCCAGGCCGCCGUCGCCCGUGCCGACUGGUGGGAGGGGCGGAGGGCCGCGCAAGAGGCCGUGAUUCACUGACUGCGGGG